AUGAUCCUUGCUGGACAGGACCGUUUGAAUCCAGUCGACCUCUUUCGUUCCUCUCGUCUGUCGAUGACCCUUACCCAAGAACACCUUCCCUUUCUCCUUCUCCAGAUACCUGCUUCAACCUAUUCGGGAUACGGAGAGUACGGCGGUCAAUUCUUUUACUACGGGAACAUGAAUAAAUACGCGUACGAGAGUAAAUUCAUACAUACCCCGAACCCGUUGAACGUCACGCUCGAAACUGGACAACGAGCGGAAAAACCGCCGUCUUUCGACUUGGUGAUCGAGGUCGAGUUGAAGUGUACACCCGAGCUGGCGCCACUCGCCGUUCGAACAGUCUUGAAGUCCGACGAACUCGAGGCCUACGAAACGAAAACGUACAAGCAUCAGCAGAUGUUCUUAAAAAUGAGCGUGACGUGUCCGGCGUCGAUAGCUAACAGACUCCCGGGCAACUUUGUCUGGGAGUUGCGGAGUCCGCGACGUACACGCAAAACUUCCUAA